AUGAGUCAAACAUCUCUGAAACAUAAAAAGAAGAAUGAGUCUGGAACAAAACACUCAAGAGACAGUCUAGAAGCAGAGAAAAAAAGGGAGUCUGAGAGAUCAGGAGUUCGUCUGACCACUAAGAUGAGGCGUGCAGUCAAACCGAAUCACUGGCUGAGAUGUUGCCCUAUGCGUGGUCACCUGCCGUGUAGAAACUGCCUUAGUGCAGCUGAGGGAACAGUCCUUCUUGGCCCCUGCCGCAUAAUACAUAUUUAUAUGCACAUGUGCCUGUUGUGGGAGCAGGGCCGGCAGAUCAGCAUGAUCAGGGUGAGCAGAGAUCAAACGACCCAUUUUGGAGGGGAGCUACAGUCAAUCUGGGAAUCACAAGAAUUAUCAUUGCCGAAGACAGAUUCUCGUGGGUACCUCGUGCGAAGUGAGUGGUCCCGAACUUCACGGAGCCCAUCCACCAGAGCCCCAUCAGUAGAAGAGAACAGAAGCAAGACUGCCAGUCUUAAGGUCCCCACCAGCUCCACAACCUCCCGGACUUCAUCCACCUCCCCCAGCCAGCAAGAGUCUCAGCAAGAACUGUCCACGCAGGCCUCUGUGCCCAUUCCGACCGCGCCGCACACGCCACCAGCGCCUACAGACUCCUGUCCUCCCACGCCCCCGGAGCCCCAGCCGCAGUCCACGCUCCGGCGCAGCAGCAAGAUGCAUGAGAACACUGACAACUGGGCCCAUGGCAUAGGGCGGGACCCGCGGGACCCCCGGGAUACUCAGCAGCGGGAAUACCCCCGCACGCCCCCCAAUGAAUGGAAGCCCUAUGCCCAGCGCAAGGCGCACUACUCCUCCCAGCUGGACCGCGACUGUAUAUCCGACCUUCCCCGGCAGCAGCGGGAGGAAGAGGACGAUGACGAAGAAGCCUACUGGUCAUCCGUGAGGACACUGUAUGAGAAGAACCCAAACUGCUCUCGACCCCGGCCGGUCAAACCCAAGCAUGCCAUCACCGUCGCUGUGUCAUCCCAGGCUCUCUUCAACAUGACGGAUGGCAGGAAAGUCUACGAGGAAGAGGGUCUGGAAAAGUACAUGGAGUAUCAGAUCAGCAACGAGAAUGUCAUCCUGACUCCAGGGCCUGCUUUCCGCUUUGUCAAGGCUCUGCAGCAUGUCAAUGCUCGACUCCGAGAUCUGUAUCCUGACGAACAGGACUUAUUUGAUAUUGUACUGAUGACUAAUAACCAUGCCCAAGUGGGAGUGCGGCUUAUAAACAGCGUCAAUCACUAUGGCCUACUAAUUGAUCGCUUCUGUAUGACUGGUGGGAAAAGCCCCAUUGGCUACUUGAAGACCUAUCUUACCAACUUGUAUCUUUCUGCGGAUUCUGAAAAAGUCCAUGAAGCAAUUCAACAAGGGAUCGCCUCUGCAACGAUGUUUGAUGGAGGCAAAGACAUGGCUUACUGUGACACACAGCUCCGUGUGGCUUUUGAUGGGGAUGCCGCCAUCUUCUCAGAAGAGAUUGAACAUCCUACCAAGGACCAUGGGGUGGACAAAUUCUUUCAACAUGAAACACAGCAUGAGAAUAAAUUUCCUGCUCAGGGUCCCUUGAAAGGCUUCCUGGAAGAAUUAGGCAGACUGCAAAAGAAGUUUUAUGCCAAAGAUGAACGGCUUUGUUGCCCCAUCAGGACCUACCUGGUCACAGCCAGGAGUGCAUCCAGUUCAGGUGCCAAAGUGCUGAAAACUCUUCGCCGCUGGGGUCUAGAGAUAGACGAAGCUCUUUUCCUUGCUGGAGCCCCCAAAGGUCCCAUCUUAGUGAAAAUACGACCCCACAUCUUCUUUGAUGACCGUAUGUUCCACAGUGAAGGGGCACAGAAAUUUGGCGCCACCGCAGCUCACGCACCUUAUGGCAUUAAUCAAAAAAUGAACAAUUAG